CUGCACUUUUUUUCUGCAUAUAAAAACCAGCGCUUUUUUGCCAAAUUUCCCCCCGUGAUGAUCAGAGCAGCUGUACGCACACCCUAUAUCAGAGCCUGUCUCAAUCAAACCCGCACACCUUUAGCAAGAAAAUUCAUCAUGUCCAACGCCACCCGUAGCUUCGUUUCCUCUGUCGAAAUCCCCAAGUUGUCUGACUCGUCCUUGUUCCGUAACGGAGCCUUCAUCAACGACGAAUGGAUUACUAGUGACAAGACCUUCAGUGUCGUUGACCCUGCCACUGGCAACGAGAUUGGCAAGUUGCCCGAAAUGGGUGCUCAAGAUACCAAGAAGGCCAUCGAGGCCGCAUCCGAUGCCUUCAAGACUUGGUCGCAGACCACUGGCAAGCAACGCCACGACUUGUUGAAAAAGUGGUACGACUUGACGAUGGAGAGCCAGUCGGAUUUGGCUACAAUUUUGACCUGGGAGAACGGUAAAGCGUAUGCUGAGGCCAAGGGUGAAAUCGCCUAUGGUGCAAGCUACUUUGAAUGGUUUGCCGAAGAGGCUGUUCGCUCGUACGGUAACGUCAUUCCCUCGCAUAUGCCCAACCAGCGUUUCCUUACCAUCAAGCAGCCCGUCGGUGUUGUCGGUAUCAUCACUCCCUGGAACUUCCCCAACGCCAUGAUCACACGUAAGGUCGGUGCUGCUCUUGCUGCAGGCUGUACCGUCGUCAUCAAGCCUGGUGCUGAGACUCCUUACUCCGCUUUGGCCUUGUGCGAGUUGGCCCAACGCGCUGGUAUCCCCAAGGGUGUCAUCAACGUCGUUACCACAGACAAGAGCGUUGCUGAGGUUGGAACGGAAUUGUGCACCAACCCCAUCGUCAAGAAGAUCUCCUUCACUGGUUCGACUCCCGUUGGUAAGCUUCUCAUGUCGCAGUCCUCUGGCACCAUGAAGAAGGUUUCCAUGGAGUUGGGUGGUAACGCUCCUUUCAUUGUCUUUGACGAUGCCGAUGUGGAUGCUGCUGUUGAAGGUGCCCUUGCAUGCAAGUUCCGUGGCUCUGGCCAAACUUGUGUCUGUGCCAACAGAAUCUACGUGCAGAAGGGUAUUUACCCUCUGUUCGCUUCGCGCUUGGCCGAGAAGGUUUCCAAGUUCAAUGUCGGCCACGGCUUCAACCCCGAUACCACACACGGUCCCUUGAUCAACGACAAGGCCAUUGAGAAGGUCAAGCGUCACUUGGACGAUGCUGUCAGCAAGGGCGGUGAGCUUUUGGUGGGUGGCAAGCACUUGGGCGGCAACUUUUUCGAGCCUGCUGUUAUUACUGGCAUGACCAGCGAGAUGGCCAUUGCUGGCGAAGAAACGUUCGGUCCUAUUGCUGGUAUCUUUGAAUUCCAAACCGAGGAGGAAGUCCUUGCUCUUGCCAACAACACCGAGUUUGGUCUUGCAAGCUACUUUUACUCCCGUGACAUUGGCCGUAUCUGGCGCAUGGCUGAAAAGUUGGAAACCGGUAUGGUUGGCGCAAACUCGCCUAUUCUCUCCAGCUGCUACACGCCUUUCGGUGGUAUCAAGGAGAGUGGCAUGGGCCGUGAAGGUUCGAUGUACGGUUUGGAUGAUUACAUGAACAUCAAGUAUAUCAACAUGGGUGGUCUCUAAAGUGAUAUGAUAUCCUGCUCAUUGCUCACACAUGCCCCCAAUUCAAACACGCAUUUCCGAUCAAUUGUACAUACAUACACUUUCCUCAUCUUUUUCCCUCCUUGACCAAUACAAAGCGUAUACUACUUUAAUUACAUAUCUUGGUUGCUGG